AUGGAGCUCCUGGGACUGCGGCAGGCGGCCAACUUGUGGGCCCUUUGGAGCUGCGGCCCUGCCAACCCGGAGCUGGCCUUGAGGGCCUCAGCUUACAUCGUCCUUCCUGUCACCAUCCCCGGAAGCCUCCAGUUUGGCUGGCAGAGUGGUGACCAGCUGCCCAACUGGACGGGGCUGUCUAACGUCACGGAAGACCCGGCGGUGCAGAGCGGCAGUGACUCCAGCUCCAGAUGGCCGGCCUGCUGCGACCUCCCUCCCCACGUGGUCGUGUGCAAGGGCUGCUGCGACCUCCCUCCCUCUGGGCUGGAGCGAGGGCCGCCUCCCUGUGGGGAUGCUGGGCUCCUCCGGAGGCUUCGGCUGGACGAUGCUGAUCGCGAGCUGGGCAGACCUGGAAGCUGCUUCUGGCCACGUCAGCCCUUCUCGCUCGUCCACUGGCCUCCGUCGGAGUCGGAGGCCCCUGGCCUCUGCCAGUUUGGUUUUGGAAUCCAGAGGGACAGGCUGCGGGCAGGCGCGUGCUGGGCAGCUGCUGCCUGGUACCAGCGUCAGACGUGGCUGCGGGAGCCAGGCGACUUCAGAGGGAACAGCCCCGGGCUGGUUGUGUCUGUGAGGGUGAAGCAGUCGGAGCUGUUCGACAGGUGGCGGCGCCUCCAGGUGUGCGAGUGGGCGCCAGACAUCUCUGCAGCCAACCAGUUCAAGGCCACUCUGUCCAGGUGCUGCAACGCCCCCACCUUCCUCUUCACCACCCAGAAGAACACGCCCCUGGGCACGAAGCUCAAGUAUGAGGUGGACACCAGCGGCAUCUACCCCAUCCACCAGGAGAUCUUCCGCAUGUUCCCCAAGGACAUGCCCUACGACCGGUCCCAGUUCAAGAAGUGCGCGGUGGUGGGCAACGGAGGCAUCUUGAGGAACAGCCGCUGCGGGCGGGAGAUCAACAGCGCCGACUUCGUCUUCCGGUGCAAUCUGCCCCCGAUCUCUGAGAAGUACACCGUGGAUGUGGGGGUGAAGACAGACGUGGUCACCGUGAACCCCAGCAUCAUCACGGAGAGGUUCCACCGGCUGGAGAAGUGGCGGCGGCCCUUCUACCGCGCGCUGCAGGCCUACGAGAACGCGUCGGUGCUGCUGCCCGCCUUCUACAACACGCGCAACACGGACGUGGCGGUCCGCGUCAAGUACGCGCUGGACGACUUCGAGUCGCCGCAGGCCGUGUACUUCUUCCACCCGCAGUACCUGGCCAACGUGUCGCGCCACUGGCUGAGCCUGGGCGUGCGCGCCAAGCGCGUGAGCACCGGCCUCAUCCUGGCCACGGCGGCGCUGGAGCUGUGCCGGGAGGUGCACCUCUUCGGCUUCUGGGCCUUCCCCAUGAGCCCGGCCGGCCGGCACAUCACGCACCACUACUACGACAACGUCAAGCCGCGCCCCGGUAAAACCAGGACAGCUAAGGAGUCGGCAGAGGCGCCGUGGGGGCGCCCCGGCCCGGAGGCCCACGGCCGCUCGGGGCACGCCCGGUCUGGGACGCAGGAAGGCAGUCCGGAGUCUGUCCCUGGGGAGCUGGUGGCACCCACUCGCCCCAGAGCCUUCGGUCUGUGA